AUCCGUCUAUUUGGAACCCGCCUCACUCUUCUCUACCAGUCGUUAAGAGUAGAAGUCCUAUCUUCAGUGCUCAAAAGCAAUCCCUAAGUUCAUUUCUGUCAAUUUGUACUCUUUCUGAGAGAGAUUCCGAAAUCUCCUUCUUCAAGAAACCCCCACUCAAUGGGGGGUUUUUGCCAUAGAAUCUCAUCCCCAGGCUGUCACUGCGCGAUUAUCAGGCAUUGGAUCCGUGUGUUUUGGCCCUGACUUUCCCUUUUCACGCAUUUGUAAUUUCUGUGUCAUUUUCUGGAGCCCCAAUUCGAGUUGAAGCUUGCAGAUUUGCCUUGAAUUUCCUCUUCAAGGGGUCAUUAAGUAUUAUCAUCAAGAUAUCAUGGGUACGGUUGAUAAUAAGUCAGAUGAUGAGUAUUCUGUAAUUGGUGAUAAAGGUGAUCUCGGGUUCGUUGACAUUGCAAACUAUAAAUCUUCUGGUAGCUGUGACCCAAAUGGAGAGAGUGAGGUUGUUGUAAUAUCCGUUCCAUUUGCCUGGAUAAAUGGAAGGCCUCUAUCUGGCUUUGUAGGUGAAACUAUCGUAAAUCCAAUCACAAUAAAAAAUAUUACUGAUGACUCAUUGGAUUUAUGGUCAAUUAAGAUUUAUGACUCGAAACCUGAGGGUUCUUUUACACUAUCUUUGAUGAAACCUCCAAUCCCAAGUUCUGACGCGGAGUCUAUUGAAGACUUUGUGGAAUCCUUUAGCGUGGAGGACAGAACACUGAGGCCAGGGCAGACUUUGAUUGUUUGGCUAUCUUGUAAACCCAAGGAAAUUGGACUAUACACUACAGCUGUACACUUUAAUGUUGGUGAUGAGCUAAUAGAGCGACUGGUUUUUAUCUUGGCCGAAGACAAGGUUUGCCAGUCUUUAGUUUCAAAAAGGCCAUACCACAGAGAAAGGAAGAACAAAGGUAAUGGUUUCUCUGUUGAUGGCUAUGUGGCGGGUUCUCGUCCUUCAAGGAGUUCAAAUCGAAGCUUCAAGCACAAAGUUCCGGAAUAUCCAAUUCCAAAGGAACUCAGGGAGCUGGUCGAUAAAAAGAUGAUGCCUGUUGUUAUCGCAGAAGGGUUAAAAAUGAAUAACUAUUCCAUUUAUUUUAGAACGCUACUGGCAUUUGAAGAAAUUAAAAUAGAGGAAAAUAUGAGAGAAUACGAUAUGGAGAGUGCUACCAUGAGGCAGAGGGGCAUGCAAUUUUUAUCUCUUGAGGUCCCAGAUCUUGCGGAGAGAAGGCCUUCACUUGUUAAUGGAGACCACAUUUUUGUACACCCAAUAUAUGAAGAUGCAAGUGGGACCAAAGACACCAGAACUUAUCAGGGCUUUAUACAUCGAGUAGAGGCUGAAGAAGUGAUUUUGCAAUUUGACUACGAGUUUCAUGCAAACCAUAGAGAGGGCGAUCUCUAUAGUGUACAGUUCACACAUAAUCGGGUUGGUAUGCGGAGGAUGAUUCACGCCGUUGAAGCUGCAAAUAAAUUGUCAAAAGAAAUUCUCUUCCCUUCAUCUAGGAGGCGGCAGAUUCAUACCACUCCAUUGAAACCUAUAUCAUGUAAGCUUAAUGCCGAGCAGUCGAGUGCUGUUGAGAAGAUUCUUGGUUGCAGGGGAGGUGCUGCAUAUGUUAUCCAUGGGCCUCCUGGUACAGGGAAAACAAAGACGCUUAUAGAAGCUAUACUCCAGCUAUACUUUUGGAGAAAAGAUGCUCGAAUUCUAGUUUGUGCACCAUCAAAUAGUGCUGCUGACAAUAUACUAGAGAAACUACUCAAUGAGCAGGCAGUUGAAUUCACGAAAGAUGAACUUUUUAGGCUUAACGCAGUCACGCGUAUGGUCGAUGAUGUCUGUCCUACUUACCUCGGAUUUUGCUUGGUUGAAGAUGAGACUUUUAAGUGCCCCCAUUUAAGGUUUCUGACUCGCUAUAGGAUCAUAAUAUCCACUUAUGCUAGUGCAUUUCUUCUUUUUGCUGAAGGCAUCAAACCAGGCCACUUCUCUCACAUUUUCUUAGAUGAAGCUGCACAAGCUUCAGAACCUGAGACCAUGAUUCCUCUUUCUAAUCUUUUAGGGAAUGAAACUGUGUUUGUUCUUGCUGGUGAUCCUUUGCAACUCGGUCCUAUUGUCUUUUCAAAAGACGCAGAAAAGUAUGGUCUUGGGACCUCAUUCAUGGAAAGACUAUUUGAAACCAGCAGUGUGUAUGUCAAUUCAAAUUAUAUUACUAGAUUAGUGAGGAACUAUCGGUGCCAUGAAGCAAUUUUGAAGCUUCCCUCAGAAAUGUUUUAUAAUGGAGAACUGAUUGCAUGCAAAGAAGAUGACAAGAAAACAUCUUGGAAUUUAGAUGAUCUCCUUCCUAACCCGGAGUUCCCUUUGCUUUUCAUCGGAGUACAAGGUUAUGACGAGAGGGAAGGAAACAACCCAUCAUGGUUCAACCGUAUUGAGGCUAGCAAAGUUGUUGAAGUCAUUAGAAACUUGAUUGAUCACAAAGGACUGAGAGGGGAAGAUAUUGGAGUUAUAACACCUUACAGGCAACAAGUGCUAAAGAUACGAAGAGUUCUCGAAGGUUCUAGCGCCAAAGAAGUAAUGGUAGGCAGUGUGGAGCAAUUCCAAGGUCAAGAAAGAGAAGUCAUCAUUAUAUCUACAGUUCGUUCAACCGUGAAACACAAUGAACACGACAAACUUUACUACUUGGGAUUCUUGAGUAACCCAAGAAGGUUCAAUGUAGCUAUCACUCGAGCAAAAUCUUUGCUUAUUGUUAUUGGGAAUCCGCACAUCAUUUGCCAGGAUGAACACUGGAACAAGCUUCUGUGGUAUUGUGUAGAGAAUGACUCCUACAAGGGCUGCUUUUUGCCACCAAGGGAGGAAAUCAUUGCCGACGAAUCUGGUGCUGGAUGGGGGGGAUAUGAAGAGCCGAACAACCAGCAGUGGUUCGAAGGUUGGAAAGACGUUGAUCCUAUUAACCAGGGAGCCGAAUCCGGACAGGUUUGGGGGGACGAAAUCCCGCCACCGGUUACAGAUGAAAACGAGUGGUCUGACGGUUGGAAGUAAUCAAACUCUUCCAACAGUCAGUCCACUUUUUGGCUAGAAACAAUUGUUUGUAAGCAAGUGGUUCUGACCGUUGAAAGUAACUUUUUCAAUCGUCGGACCACUUUUGGUGGGACACAAGUUGUUUAUGUUGGAGAAUGUCAUUGGGAACUGAGUGAGCUCGCAGUUGGAAAAAAUGCUUCCAACUGCUAGUCCACUUUUGGUGGGAAAAAAAAGUGUUUGCUGAUGAUGUGUGAUGGUGUCACUGAGAGUAAGUGGUCUGAGGGUAGGAAAUAAUGAUUCAAACCGUCAGUAGUCCACUUUUGGCGGGAAACAAUGGGUUUGUUAAUGUUAGAGGGUGUAAGUUAUGUUCCUCAAGAACUAUAGGUGUCAUUAGUUGCCUAAUUAUACUCUACUAAACCUGAUUCAGUACA